GUCAAGGUGGGGAAUUUUGUGCAUGAAGUUCCUACUGAAAAGAAAAACUAUCCAUUCCUCUACAUUCUUUUGUUAAUCCCGAUAGUAAUUGCGGUUUUUUUAGUUGCCGUUUUUGUCACCCAGCGAAAGUCCAAACAAUUAAAUCAAAAAUUGAGUGAACAUCUGGAGCUCUUGGAAUGUGAACUUCGCAAAGAAAUACGGGAAGGAUUUGUUGAACUACAAGUUGAAGAAUUGGAUAUAGUUGAUAGCUUUGGAACAAUUCCAUUUCUUGAUUAUAAACAUUUUGUUCUUAGGACAUUUUUUCCAGAGGCUAUAGGUAUUUCGUCUAUGUUUAUUGAAGAUUCUAAUGAACCUCUAAGCAAAGACCAGGGUCUCUAUGCAUUAAUUUGUAACAAGAAAUUUCUUGUUACUCUGAUUCACAUUCUUGAAAAACAGAAAACCUUUGAUAUAAAAGAUAGAUGCUUGUUUGCAUCUUUUUUGACAAUUGCACUACAGACCAAUCUAGUCUAUUUAACUAAUAUUCUAGAAAUUUUGACAAAAGAUUUGAUGGAGCAGUCUAGCAAUAUGCAACCUAAGCUGAUGCUAAGGCGCACAGAAUCAGUAGUAGAAAAGCUGCUUACAAACUGGAUGUCAGUUUGCCUUUCUGGUUUCCUUCGGGAAACAGUUGGGGAACCAUUCUUUUUAUUUGUAACAACUUUAAAUCAAAGGAUUAUCAAGGGUCCUGUGGAUGUAAUAUCUUGCAAGGCCCUAUACACACUAAAUGAAGACUGGUUAUUGUGGCAAGCACCUAAAUUCAGCACAGUGGUAUUAAAUGUUGCCUUUGAAAAUAUCCAAGAAAAUGAGUCCAGUGGCACUACUCAGAAUAUCCAAGUUAAAAUAUUGGAUUGUGACACCAUUGGGCAGGCCAAAGAGAAGAUCUUACAGGCCUUUCUGAACAAGAACGGAUCCCUCUAUGGUCUCCAGCUAAGUGAAAUGGGCCUGACUCUUGAAUCAGGUUCCCAAACAAAAGAACUUCUUGAUGUAGAUGGUUCCUCCGUGAUUUUGGAAAAUAGAGUUACUAAACUGAACACCAUAGGCCAUUAUGGGAUUUCAGACGGAGCAACAAUUACAGUAUUUAAGAAGAAACAAGAUAUAUCAGCUGAUGGAGAAUAUUCUGAGGACUAUUGCCAUCUGAUAUUACCAGAUGCAGAAGCAGCCAAAGAAACCCAGAAUGCAAACAAUAAAGGAAAACAAAAAUUUAAAGUCAAAGAAAUGUAUCUGACUAAACUUCUCUCUACUAAGGUUGCUAUCCACUCAACUGUUGAAAAGCUCUUUAGAAGCAUUUGGAAUUUGCCCAACAAUAAAGUCCCAGUUGCUAUUAAAUAUUUUUUUGAUUUUCUGGAUGCUCAGGCUGAAAAUAAAAAAAUUACAGAUCCUGAUGUGGUUCAUAUAUGGAAAACCAACAGUCUGCCUCUUCGAUUCUGGGUGAAUAUUCUGAAGAAUCCUCAAUUUGUCUUUGAUAUUAAAAAGACUCCACAUAUAGAUGGCUGCCUGUCAGUCAUUGCACAAGCAUUUAUGGAUGCAUUUUCUCUGUCAGAGCAACAUUUGGGAAAGGAAGCACCAACAAAUAAACUUCUGUAUGCUAAGGAUAUACCACUCUAUAAAGAGGAAGUUAAAGCUUUCUAUAAAGCAAUAAAGGAUUUGCCUCCACUGCCCAGAGCAGAGCUGGAAGAAUUUUUAAUUCUGGAAUCACAGAAACAUGAAAAUGAGUUUAAUGAGGCUGAGGCUUUGAAUAAAAUUUACCAAUACAUAGCAAGAUACUUUGAUAAGAUACUGAAUAAAUUAGAGACAGAACGAGGAUUGGAAGAAGCUCAACAGCAACUCUUAAAUAUAAAAAGUUUAAUGGAUGAAAAGAAAAAAUGCAAAUGGGCUUAGGAAUUUAAUUUUAUAAUUGCUGCUGUUAUGGAACCAAAUUCAAAAUAUUGGCCAAUUAAUUCUGUCCACACAAUCAACAACGGAUGCCCUCAGAUUGGAAGACAUUUUCAGAUGUGUCAACAAAGUGGAACCUGGACUGUGAUGUAUAUCUGACUGCUGCUGGCAUCUGAAGCAAUCUCUCUAUGCAGAUCUUCCCUCCUAUACAGAUACAAUCAAGUAUUUUUUUGCAUUAAAAACAACCUUAAAUACAGAUCUUAUAUAAACAAACUGGUUGAGUUUAGUUCACAAAUUUAUCUAAUUUCUAUGCUGUCACUGAGCAGCAAUUUAUGUGCCUUAAAAGACAUCUCAGUUGGUUUCUGAUAAGCACAAAUGUAUUUUCUUGUUAUUCAUAGUCUGAGCAUCAAAAUUAGAGAACUUUCAACUGCUACAUGGUUUUAUAACGAAGUGCAGAUUUUUAACUUCCUCCAAUUAGUUGCACAUUGUGGCAAAACUAAAAGUGAUGUGGGACUGAAAUGGACGGGAAGAUUUCCACCCAGCACAUUGAAACAGCAAUGCAAUUCACCUCUUGAUAACAUCAGUUUCAUAUCCAGCUCUAUCGCUGAAAAUGUCAUGGACGUAUCCAUGUAAGUUUCUUGACAUGAUAAUGAAAGGGGUUUGCAAAAGACAGUUUCCUUAUCUUCCAAACACAAAUCUACACUUCAAAAUUCUUCCAUCACUGUAUCUGCAAUUUUAAAAAAUGUAGCUGGCAGCCUUUCCCAUCUGUAUUUUCAUUAGUAUAUUGUACUGUAGCAUUGUAAAUAUAAGGGCAAAAAUGAAAUUUACAAAGAGGGUUUUUUAAUAACUGAAGAUUCAUAAAUGUAUCAUAAUUUUAUUAUUGACUAUAAAGUAAAUAUGAAUGAGGGCAUCAAGUAGAUGUAGGCUCUUCCACUCAGCAUCUAUGCCUUCCCUGAAAUUGGAAUAUCAAUUUUCUCAGCUAUAUUUUAUAGGGCCCUGCAGUGUCUGCAUUUGAAGAAAAAAGCAUAUUAUCUGCAACUCCUUCAGGAAGUUGUAUCUUUUCCUGGGAUUGGGGUGGUGCACCAAAGUUAUACCAGAAUCCAAGGAAUAGAUAGGUUUGGCGUAAGGAGUGCUAUAUACACUCUCUAAACCAUGGGUGCCAAACACGCAACAUCACAUCAUCAUGUGACGUAUUGUGACUCCCCCCCCUUCGCUAAACCAGAGGUGGGCAUGGCCAGUGCGUGACACAUCCAUCCUGUGGGCUCAGAGUUUGACACCCCUACUCUAGAGUCUCUCCUUGCCUUCAAAUAUAAAUGCUCUAAUAUUGAGAUUUCCUUGGUUGCCUAUCACAUCCUGUUCAGAGUAAUUUUUACAGGCAACACAUCA